AUGGGGGACAUGAAAACUCCCGACUUCGACGACCUGUUGGCUGCUUUUGACAUUCCUGACCCAACCAGCCUUGACGCCAAGGAAGGCAUCCAAACAGCUGGCGAGGAGAAUGACAACCACCUCAAGCAGACCGGCAUCGGCAUAGACGAGAACACUGCUUUGUCCCAUGCCGCCCCUCCGGCCUCUGACGUUCCCGUCGUGAGCGUCAUUGUGAAAAACACCUGUCGCCAGGAAUCCUUCGAGACAGAAAAGGAUGGCAACCACCUCGCACCGGGCCUGUUGCACAACGGAUUCCGUGGCUCGGAUCUUCCACUAGAGACUCACAGCUAUCGGAAGUUCGAUUCGGCGUUCGUCAAUGGGGACGGCUUGAGGAACUACCCAGAGAAGUUGGAACCAGCCAAAUCAGAGCCUUUACCAACUUUUAGUCAGUUCAGUCCCAUCUCCAGCCCGGAGCCGGACGAUGUCCUUAAAGAAAACAGUAUAGUAGACAAACCUAAACUUGCCCAGACUCCUUAUUUCCCACCCCAUCCCAUGUAUAUUCCAUCGGGAUCGUCCGUCUUAGAUUUGCUCAGUAGGACUAUGCCGGAGACGGAAUUCAGUCGGUUUAUAUCCACUGGCCCAUCGCUGCUAGAUCUCUUAAGUAAGAAACUGCCCGAACCGGAGCUCAGUAUGUUUGAUCAAUAUUGUAAAAGAGAGCCGAAGAUCGACAUCCACGGCCUUCAGGAGAACAGGGCCGACGUCACCACCAAGAGAGAGCUUGACAAGAGUCCAGAGAAGUGUGACGGGGCUGGCAAAGAUCUCGCGGACACCCACGGUUCCUUCGGUGAAGGGCUUCCUCUUGGCAACUUCCAGGGCAAUAACCUGGAGGAAGGUAAAGGUCCUGUGCCCGAGAUGACCUUCUCUUCCUCAGUCCCACCUCGCCAGCGUCUCAAGCCCACUCACUCCAAGCUGUCCUCUUGCGUGGCUGCCCUGGUAGCCCUCCAGGCCAAAAAGGUGGCGGGUAUCUCCAAGGAGGAUCAGGUGAACGUGACCAGGGAGCCUCCCGCCUCCUUUAAGGAUGGCAUUAAGGGGAGCCCCAAAAUGCCCAAAUCGCCCAAGAGCCCCAGAAGCCCCCUGGAAAUAGUGAGGAAGGUCAGCAGGCAGCCCGACUCUCCCCGGAGUGUGUGCAGCGACAGCAGCGGCAAAGGUUCUCCUUCGGUGGCCACUGGCUCCCCGCCAGCCAUUCCCAAAGUCCGGAUCAAGACCAUCAAAACCUCUUCAGGUGAAAUUAAAAGGAUGGUCACGAGAAUCUUGCCCGAAGCAGGCGACCUGGGUAAAUCCCCUUACGAUUCGCCCGCAGACGGCUCGAUGGUCGAAUCCUUCCCUUCUCCAGAAGCAGCCUCUUCCCUGGAAGCCGAGCCAGGCAAGGAUUUCGCAACAGCAACCACCCUGGAACCAAAUUUAGCCAGCCCCCAAAUCAACCCUUCGAUUUCAGACAUUCCCUUAAGCGGCGUCUCACUCGGUGCAUCGCACUUGGCCAACAGCGAGACGACGAAAGGAGGCCUCGCGGGACAGCCGUUGAGCAAAAAGCAGCAGCCAGGCACCGCGGCCCAGCUCUGCAACCCCGCCAGCCUCCUCCCCAAGGCCGUGCACCUGGCCAAUCUCAACCUGGUGCCCCACAGCGUUGCCGCAUCCGUGGCGGCCAGGUCCUCCGUCCAGCGGCGCAGCCAGCCCCAACUGGCCCCGGUGACCGUGCCGCUCGUGCAGCAGGUCAAGAAGUCCUCCCCCCUCGUGGUGGAGGCGUUCAACAAAGUGUUGCAUGGUGCCAACCCAGUGCCAAUCUACACGCCCAACCUCAGCCCUCCCCUCGAGAGCAGUAUUCACGUUCCCGCCGCCGGCUACGGCUGCCUGGAAUGUGGGGAUUCGUUUGCCUUAGAAAAAAGCCUGACGCAACAUUACAGCCGGAGGAGCGUGCACAUCGAAGUCUUGUGCACUCAGUGUUCAGCCACGCUGCUGUUCUUCAACAAGUGCAAUUUGCUCAAACACGCGCGGGAUCACAAGAGCAAAGGCUUCAUCAUGCAGUGUUCGCAGCUCUUCAUGAAGCCCAUUAAUGUAGACCAAAUGUUCUCGCCGUCCCCCACCAGCUCGUCGGUCUCGUCGAGCCCACCCGCCGCACGGCUCUCCUCCUUGCCCCAGAAGCCCUGCGUGGCCCCAGGAAGCGGGGCGGGCAGCACGAGCGUUACCCAGCCGGCCCUGCCUCUCUACACAGACCCCUUGAGACUCAUUCGCUAUGGAUUAAAGUGUUUUGAAUGUAAUAAGCAGGCCUUGGACUAUAUCGCCCUAGCAGCCCAUUAUCAGAGGACAUCAGAAGACAACGAGGGCCUGACAUGCCAAGUGUGUCAGAUGGUGUUGCCGAACAAAUGCAGUUAUUGUGCUCAUCAGAGAAUCCACGCCCAUAAAUCUCCCUAUUGCUGCCCUGAGUGCGGGGCCAUUUGCCGGUCCGCCUACUUCCAAACCCACGUCAAAGAGAACUGCCUGCAUUACUCCCGCAAAGUCGGUUACAGAUGCAGCCACUGCGGGGUGGUUUUCAUGUCCCAGGCUAUGCUGAAAGUCCACAUUCACGAGAAGCACUGCGAAGUCUUCCACAAGUGUUCGUUCUGCCCCAUGGCCUUCAAGUCUGCAGACAGCACCACCGCUCACAUUAACAGCCAGCACCCUGCAGAGCCUCACAAGACAUCUCAGGUGAUCUACAAAUGUUCCUGUGAGACAGUCUUCAACAAGAAGAGACUUCUGCAAGAGCACUUCCAGCAAAACGCCAACCGAAUGAUGGUGGGCGUGUUCAAGUGCCCCCACUGCCAACUGGUGUAUAUGCAGAAGCUGCAGUUAAUGCAGCACGUCAAGAGCAUCCACGGAGUCCCGGAAAAUCCCGAAGAUUUCACCAGCGCUCGGCAGAAGGUCGAGACAGCCGCCACCGGCAGCCCCGUCCUUCCCACGUCCAAGGAACUGUCCAUCGUCAACGGUACUUCUCAGCCGACCUCUUGGCCCGCGAAAGGCGUAAGCCCGGAAUCCAAGCCCAAGUCCAAAGCGGGCAGUUGGACGUGUCGGGUGUGCUCGCAGUGGAUCCCCGAUCGUGAAACUUACGUGUCCCACAUGAGGAAAAGCCACGGGAAGAACAUGAAGAGGUUUCCCUGCCGGCAGUGCGAGAGGUCCUUCGGUGCCUCCAACAGUCUGCACAGACACGUUCGCAAUAAUCACGACACAGCAAAGAAACUUUACCCUUGCUGGUAUUGCACAGACGAAAUCCAGACAUUUCCUCAGCCAUCGAUGCUGGAGAGUCACAUGAGCCUCAUGCACGGCAUCAAAAAUCCAGAUCUUUCCCAGAUAUCCAAAGACUUGACAAAAACAAAAUCUCCAAAGAGAGUAACCGCCGAUGGUCCGAGUCCAGUGGAAGCGGCCGCAUCCGGAUCAGACGAUCCGCCAGCAAAGAAACUGAAAGCAGCCCGCUGGAAAUGUGCAAAGUGCGGCUUUGCGACAGCCGCCGAGACUGAAUUUCUGGAACACAUACCUCGACACAAGUCAGACAGUUCCACUUUCCAGUGCCUGCUCUGCGGCUUGUGUUACACGUCACACCUGUCUUUGAACAGGCACCUCUUUAUCGUUCAUAAAGUCAAAGAUCCGGAAGAAGAAGAGGAGGAGGAGGAGGAGGAAGAAGAAGAAGAAGAGCCAGAACAAGAGAGUGCAAAAAGGAUUCCGGAAAUGGAAACGAGAGAGAAUGGACUGGGCGAAGCCAACGGCGAGGCCAGCCACAGCAGGGCAGAAGGAGAUCCUUCCAAGAACAGAGACUCGGAGCGCAACCCCACGCCCUGCAGCAAAGAGAAAGCCAGUUCUCAGAACAAACCCACAAAGUCUCCUUCUAUUUAAGAGUCCGCUCAGCUGCCCCAGAAACCUUGCUUGAAGGAGGGAGGGAGAGAGGGAGGUUGUUCCCUUUGAUGGGCGUACGGUUCAGUUCCUUUUGAUUGGGAAGAGAAAUUAGCAGAGCCACCAACUCCCUAACACUAGAUGAGUCAUGGAAGGGGAAACGAGAGAGAGAGAUACAGAGAAAUUAGAACAUUCUUUCUCAAUCUUGGCCGCUUUAAGAGAAGUGGACUUCAACUCCUAAAGUUCUGGAAGUUGAAGUCCACAACCUCUUAAAAGCGGCCAAGAUUGAGAAAGACUGGCAUAUAGGAUAACCACGGCAAGCUUUUCCCCAGCAAAAAACCGAAGCAUUCACCUGCUGCCCAAGGCCUUUUGCCUGUUAGCUCAGAUUUUAAAUUAAGAAUACAGUCCUUUCUCCCACUCCCCCUUAGCUCCGGGAUGCCAGGAAGCUUCUGGCCAUACCACCACUCACUGACGGUUCUUUCCUUUUAAAACAAAAGUCCCCCAAGCCUGAAAAAUUACCGUUCAGACACUGAAUGAAACCUGCUUUUUUUUCUUUCUCCUAGAAGACACAUUUCCAGCACUAUUCAGUAGCAGGUGUUUCUUUCUUUCUUUUUU